UGACAUUGACAGUUGACAAGCUUGAAUUUAUAACUCUCAAUUUUACAUUUUAAUUAGAUUUAUUAAUUAUUAAUAUUUAACUUCAGUUGUAUUAGAGUACUCAUUAUAAAAUUGGAUACAAGUUACCAUUGUUAUACAUUUAAGGUAAAAGAUUUGAACAACUAUAAGGAUCUGGUACUAAGUGUACUAAUGUUUCUUUCAAUAAGAUACUAUAAUAUAUUAAGAACAAGUGGAAUUAAAAGAUUUUUUUCUUUUGCUGUAAACCAGAAAAUGUCUAACUCUGAAGGUAAUGGGAUUACAUUGGCAGAAGUUAUAAAUACACUAGAAGAUUUUGCUCCUAAAGCAUUGUCUGAGAGUUGGGAUAACACUGGACUGCUUGUGCAACCAUACACUGAACGGCUUAUCACUAAAAUUCUAAUGACCAACGAUUUGACAGAGAAUGUGGCGCAAGAAGCUCACAAUCAUGGCUGUGAAAUGAUUAUUUCAUACCACCCACCAAUAUUUGCUCCUUUAAAAUCUGUUAAUCAAAGUUCAUGGAAGGAGCGCAUUGUUUCUUUUCUAUUGGAGAAUCGCAUAUCGUUGUAUUCGCCUCACACGAGUUGGGACAGCACUCAGGGCGGCGUCAACGACUGGCUGGCGUCUGCUUUCCCUUACUAUGAAGCUACACCCAUUGUACCUGGUGUUGAUCCUAAUACAGGAGCCGGGAGGUUUGUCAGAUUAAAUUCAAACAUUCCUUUAACCGAUGCUGUGGGCAGAGUAAAGAAAGUGACAGGGUUAAAAUAUGUACGUUUAGCUCUGGGUUGUGGUAAAUCUAUGAAUGAUACCAUACAAACUGUGGCACUUUGUGCGGGCUCCGGAGGGUCGGUGCUAAAGAAUGUCUCGAACGCAGAUCUUUUUCUAACAGGAGAAAUGCUCCAUCAUGAUGUGUUAGAUGCCACCCAGAGAGGUAUAUCUGUCAUACUAACCAACCAUUCGGAUUCUGAGAGAGGAUUUUUACGUGGAUUUUCGAUAAAAUUGCAUAAUAAAUUAAAUAAUCGAAUUCAAGUUUUAGUCAGCGAAUGUGAUAAAGAUCCUUUGACGACAGUUUGAAUGUUAUGGUAAAAAGUUAUUUAAUUAAUAAAUAAAACAAAAUGUAGUAAUUUAAAAUGUGUUUUAUAUUACUGUUAAUAUAAGGUUAGAGUUUAGCAUUAUUAGAGGAAAUACAAAAUCGUUAUUAUUAGAAAAAAUCACCGUGAGAUCAUUGUUACACUUCGUUCCCCAUAAAACAGCAACAAACAAACCGACUUUCAUAAAUCACUUUGUGAUUUAACUUUCCAGCAAUUCUUUCACGAUUAAAUUAAGUAGACUAGUAUUCUAUUAUAAAAGUUGGCAAGGUCUAUGAACAUUUUUUGAUUUUCUGUCCUUAACCAUAAAUCCGUUUUCCUUCUGAUCAGGAAUCUUUUCUGAAAUAUUUUCAUGUUAUAUAUGUUUACGUUAUAAAUGAGUAUCAUGUGCAUACGAGUUACUUACGUAGGGCUAUUUUAUUUAUUUGUUUAAUUCUAACAUUAUGUUCUAUAGUAGCAUU